CUAUCCCACUCCUCUCUCCGCCGGCUAUUGCGUUGUUGCUUCCGUUGUUAUUCAGUCUUGCGGUGACUUCUUGUGUGAAAAGUUGUGCGAAUUAUUCUUAAUUCGUGUUUUCUCAGCAAUAAUACAUCAAUUAUUGCCCACCAUUGCAUUUUGCUGUUAAAACCAAGGAGACUUUCACAAAAUGUCUACAGAUCGCUUGGAUGUGGUGAUCUUUGGAGCAACUGGAUUCACAGGACGCUGUGCUGUUGAGCGCAGCAUUGAGUUCCUGUCGAAGGUCAAAUGGGGCAUUUCUGGACGAAGUCAGACAAAAUUGGAGAAUGUGAGGAGUGAAGUUGGGAAAAAAAUGGGCAAAGAUCUGUCUGAAAUCCCCAUAAUUCUGGCCGAUGUGGGAGAUGAGGAAUCCCUGAAGAAGAUGGCUGAACAGGCUAAAGUUGUGGUGAACUGCUGUGGGCCAUAUCGGCAUUUUGGGGAGCCCGUGGUGAAGGCAUGUGUAGGCGCUGGAACGCAUCAUGUGGACGUAAGUGGUGAGCCACAGUAUAUGGAGAGGAUGCAGCUGGAAUUUGAUGAGGCUGCCCGUGAGGCGGGAGUCUAUGUGGUGUCAGCAUGUGGUUUUGACAGCAUUCCAGCGGAUUUGGGCACAGUUUUCCACGAGCGUCACUUCGAAGGUGUGGUGAAUUCCGUGGAAACUUACUUGGUGGCUCGUGGAAAAGGUCCUGGAGCUUCAAUUCAUUUUGGCACCUGGGAAUCUGCCGUCUAUGGGCUUGCCCAUGCCAAUGAAUUGCGUGGACUUCGUUCCAAACUCUUCAAGGAGCGUCUGCCACAAAUGAAGCCACCACUGAAGAACCGACCUGUUAUCCAUAGAGCUCCAGUUGUUCGCAAUGCCGUAUGCCUCCCCUUCCUGGGAUCAGACAGAUCUGUGGUCAUACGAUCACAGCGGUAUCUCUUCGAGACUCAGAAGAAACGUCCCAUUCAGAUUCGCACCUACAUGUCUGUGGGAACCUAUUUCACAGCCCUCCUCUUCAUCCUGGCCGGAGCAAUCUUUUCAAUUUUCACGCGUUUUGCCCUCGGAAGGCGCCUUCUGUUGGCCCAUCCCAAAUUCUUCUCAUUCGGAUUUGCCAGUCAUGAAGGACCGUCGGAGGAGAAGAGGAAGAACAGCAAGUUUACCAUGUGGUUCCAGGGUGAAGGAUGGCCACAGGCAUUGGCUGAGGGAGAAGAUCAGUACACAGAUCCACCCACAAAGAAACUUGUUACAAAAGUAUCAGGAACGGACUUUGGGUAUGGAAAUACAGCAGCUGCACUUCUCCUCUGUGCAACGACAAUCCUCAAUGAACACACCAAAAUGCCCGGAAAGGGAGGUGUAUUGGCUCCAGGAGCUGCUUUUGGCAAGACAAGUCUUAUCGAUGAACUGAACAAGAACCAAGUUUUCACCUUUGAAGUCGUUUCGGCCAAGGAGGAAGAGACGAAAAAUUAAAUUGAAAUAAGAUUUUUUUUUAAAAAACAUUUGCUUUAUGGCCCCUUUAUCCUUAAAAUAAUUUUGAUAAUUUAAUCGUAAUCUUCGGUAGGGAAAUGAUCCUUUUCCUGUGCGCGCAUUUACAGAAAUUAAAAUAAAACCUAUUUUUAUCGUGAUGCAGAAGAAAAACAGAAUGUCUAAUUUUUCAUUGUAAUUUAUUUUUUCUUUCUUGUUUUUUUUCUUUAAAUAUCUUCAUGAACUUACUAAUAUUGUUGCUUCUUUAAGUCUUUUUCUACACUACCUUCUCUUCAUCUCUGCAUGUUUCGUUUUUUUUUUUAAGUUUAUGCAAUAGUUCAUUUAUAAAAAUCAAGUACAUUGAAAAUUAUCUAUCAAGAAAACCUUUAAGUCAAUAAUAUUUAGUUUUUCACUGAUAAAUAAAUGUGUAUAAAAAAAAUAAAAAAGGGAUACUUAAAAAAAAAACAAAAGAUAAUAUUGUUCUCUUAUUGUGACAAACAAUGAAUAACAUUUAAGUCUUUUGAAAUGCAAAAAAAAAUAAAAUAAAAUUGAGAGAAAUAACAAGAAA